UAGACAUUAUAUAGUCUAAAAAUUCCUAGUUGUUUUAACUUGGCAAAGGAAGUUAAUGAGUAAUUAUGACUAUUAUGAAAUAGAUAAAAAUAUUCUACAAUAUUCUAUUGGUCCAGACUGGAUGGCGAAAAAAAAAAAUCCAGAUUUCAUCAGAAAUAGUGAAAAGAAGCGUCUGUUUUAGGGUUUUAACAGGUUUUAGUUCGAUCUCGUAUUCUCGUUCUUUUCUCUGCUGAUCGCUUGAGUAUCAACACGUGUCGUGUUGUACGAAAUAAAAUAUAAAAUUGAUUAACUUGUUCUUAAAUUCAUCAUGAAUUCAAUGAUCAUAUUUUUAUUUGUAGUCGUGGGAACUCUCCAAGCCUGCAACUCAAUGAGUAUCAAGAGAGUUGAUAGUGGUGAUGAUGAUACAGAUUCUAUUCCAAUAUGCUGUAACGAAGCAAAUGCUAUUAAAUGUCCCAAGAAAAAUCAAGGAGUUUAUGAAAUAAAUUCCCAUGUUGGUGAAGAGUGUUCAGGAAUUGAUAAUUCACAAGAUACUAUUGUUCAUCAUGUAAAUAUUUGCUCUUGCAUUUAUUUACCGAAUAAAACUAUUAAAAUGUAUUGUGAAAAAAAUUCAGAAGGAGAUGUUAUCUUCAAAGUAUUUUCUAACACAACAGUUGAUAACAAAUUGUGGCAAUAUGAACGUUUUGAGAAUGCUGCUGGUACAUUGGUACAUCAAAGCUGUAAAGAGCAGGGUAAAGAUCAACCAUUGAAAAAAGUUAUUGAAAGUGCUGAUCAUGUUCAUGAUCAUCAUAAUCACGAUCACGAUCAUCAUCACAUUCAUGAACUUCAUGGACAUGUUCAUAAUGAUGACUGUGAUCAUGAUCAUGAUCACAUUCACGAACUUCAUGGACAUGUUCAUAAUGAUGACUGUGAUCAUGAUCAUGAUCAUGAGUAAAAUAUACUCUUAGUUUUUGUGAACUUUUUUUUUUCUUUAAUUGAACCUAAUGUUCUGAAAAUAAUUAAUCAAAUUCUGAUAAACAAUAAAAAUAAAAUAAA